AUGGGGAAAGCAAGCAUGGAGGUGCAGAUGCAAGUGUCUUGCCCCCUAGGGCUAGUCUUUUUCCUCCUGUGUUUUUUCUCUCCUCGCCGUCCCACCGAGGCGACGCUGGUCCAAAGCCUGCCUGGCUUCGACGGCGUGCUCCCCUUCCGCCUCGAGACUGGGUACGUGACCGUGGACGAGGAGAACGGCGCAGAGCUUUUCUACUACUUCAUCGAGUCGGAGGGUGACCCAGGGCGCGACCCGGUGCUCCUCUGGCUCACCGGCGGCGACCGCUGCUCCGCGCUCAGUGCGCUCAUGUUUGAGAUAGGACCGUUGAAAUUCAUCACUGAACCCUACGACGGGACUCUACCACGACUACGGUACCAUCCCUACUCCUGGACAAAGGCUGCAAGUAUUGUGUUUGUUGAUUCGCCGGUUGGCGCUGGCUUUUCCUUCUCCCAGAACCCCAAGGGCUACGAUGUCGGAGAUUUCUCUUCGUCGUUGCAGCUCACAACGUUUCUCACCAAGUGGUUCACGGAGCAUCCAGGUUACAUCGCAAAUCCUUUAUAUGUUGGAGGAGACUCGCGCGCGGGAAUGUUGGCUCCACUUGUCGCGCAGAUGAUCUCAGAAGGCAUUGAAGCUGGAAUGACACCGACGAUAAAUAUGAAGGGCUAUCUGGUGGGUAAUCCAAGUACAGGUGAAGUCAUUGAUUAUAACUCGAGAGUGCCAUAUUUGCAUGGAGUCGGAGUAAUUUCAGAUCAGCUACACGAGUCGAUAAUGGAGCACUGCCCAGGGGAAGAUAUUAUAAACCCCAAGAAUGCACUUUGCGCCCAAGAUUUGGACAAGUUCAACGGUCUAUAUGAUCAGAUUGACGCGGCACACAUUUUGAACAAAAACUGCGAUCAUUUAUCUUCUAGACCAAUUGAUGAGGCCAUUAAAAGAAAGAUCCUAAAGGGGGAAACUAGAGUACUGAAACAUUCACCACCUCUCCUUCCAAUGGAUUGCCAAGACUAUGUUAUGUACUUGUUAUAUUAUUGGACAAACAAUAACAUCACUAGGAAAGCCCUUGGCAUCAAGACGGCAAGCAAGGACGAAUGGGUGAGGUGCCACGAAAAUGAUCUACCUUAUUCUGCAGACAUCACGAGUAGCAUAAAGUACCAUCGUAAUAUGACAUCAAAAGGUUAUCAUGUCUUGGUAUACAGUGGAGACCAUGAUGCUCUAAUACCAUUUCUGGGUACACAGUCAUGGAUACGAUCACUUAAAUUUCCCAUUAAGGAUGAAUGGAGGGCUUGGCAUCUUGAUGGACAGUCCGCCGGAUUCACCCAAACAUACGCAAAUAACCUGAUGUUCACUACUAUAAAGGGUGGUGGACAUACUGCGCCAGAGUACCAACCAGAAAGAUGCCUAGCUAUGUUUAGUCGUUGGAUUUCCGGUAAGCCGCUUUGA